AUGGGAAACCUGGGCUCAGCAGUAGACGCACUAGGUAAUGGAUCUCCCUUGCCCACUAAUGUCAAACGUUAUAAACACAAAAGUGAAGUUCAGUCUUAUCGUUGCUGCCGCUUUUCUCCUUCCGAAACCUCAAAACCCUUGAUAGAGGGUCCACAAUAUGCCAUUAAUGGACUCCAACUUGGCACUGGUUCAGAGGGUCGCAAGAAUGUUAGAUUCUCGGAGCAAAUAGGCUGUGUGCAGAUCUCUUGCAUUGAUUUGCGCGAAGGUCUAGUGGAGCGGAUAUCUGGAAGAUUAAAAUCCUUCUGUAAUCCACGCAGUUCAACAGUAAUUUUUGCCAGCGAGCCAAGCGCCCACUUACCAAGUCUUUUGUGCCUUCCCAAAUGCAAUCGCAGACGUCAGUCCAUAGGUUCCAUUGAGGUUGCAGUCUGGAACAGUGGUCGGCAACUGCGUCAGACCAUUGCAUCCCCAACACCCUUUAGGCGGUUUGCUGACUUCCCUUCAAACCUUCUACGCGGGCACGAGGUUCUCAGCUUUGACAAGUGGCGGAGCCAGCCUUCACUGGAGUCGCACGUUCACAAGAAUAAGAUGGGAAUGGAGUUGCCUCUCAACUCGCACUUUGAUAGGAUGGAAUCUGUAUACUUGUCUGAUUUGGAUGAGGACUAUGAAUGGGGAAGCACACCGAGUGAAUGGGAAGGGUAUGAGAUUCCACUUUCCAUCCUCGCUCAGAAGGCGAAUAUGAAACAAGUGAAGCCUUGGGAAUUGACCAGUAAUUACAGUUCAGACGAGGACUAUGAGUUUGAUGAAUACAUGACACCGAAAACGGAUUUGCUCCACAUUUUGAAGGCAAAUAAGUGCACACAGUGUAAGGUGAUCAAAGAAUCACCUGAAAGAACGGAAUCGUCUGAUGAGAAGUUGACGUCUUCGGCAGUGACAUUAAGGAGAACUGCUCUACAGGAUAGAGUGGCAAAUUCCCUUAACCGAUUAAAUCUUCCCGAAUGGAUGAAAAAUAAGCCAAAGGGCAUGGUUGAAGCCAAACAUAUCAAGUCAAGCGUUCGAUUACCUCGCUUCCCAAGGCACCACAACGCAAUUCACGGGUCUAGACGCCUCAUUGUCCAGGACUGCUCCCGCAAUGUGAAUGUAGGGGGUAUUGGCUACGCCUGCGGUAGCAACUGUAUCCACUCUCCGCUGUCAGCUGGCAACAUGUCAGCAAAGCGGGCUGUCACUAUUGAAACAUUGAGCAUGAAGAUAAGGGAACUAAUUUCCUAA